AUGUCACCAAAAAGAGGAAGCAAGCCGCUCCCUGCUGGCCUCCAGUCGCUAUCAACACCAAAUCUUCCUACUCUGCGGUCACCAGCCAGCGAGAAGCCACCUGUUGAGCCGGAGCUGCCCGCGAUCCUGCCUUCACUUGCCCCGCGCACGUCCCCGGCAGCGCCGACAUGUGCCAACGAUGGUAACGAGGACGAAGACGAGAGCGAGGAUGAGGAUGAGGACGAGUUGAUGCUUGGUUCGGGAGAGUCAGAAGAAUCCCAGUCGGACGAGGUAGCCGAUGCGCCUUCAGCACGCCGUCGAUUGUUCGCGUCGCGUUCAUAUUCGCAGCUCCCGCACGCAUCCAGCACACUCUAUCCGCCAUUUUACAAUAGGCCUCCGGUUCCGCUGCCGCCGUCUCCUUCGUUAACGUCGCUCUUGCGACCUUCGUUCAGCACGACGACAUCGCGACGUACGACGCCCGAUUCGUCUGAUGUUGACGUGCCGCCCGGCACCAGCAUGCUUGCAUCUACGGCAAACCUCGCCAGUAUCACAAAAUCUGCACGACACGCGCCAUUGGUGCCUCGGGCGUCUCCCAAAGUGCCCACUUACGAGUACUAUGGUUUCGCGCUAUACCUCGCUAGCUCUGCAGCCUUCUUUUUGUACAUUGUGUGGGCCUACGUACCGUCUCCGCUGCUGCAGCAGAUGGGCAUUCAUUAUUAUCCCAACCGCUGGUGGGCCCUCGCUGUACCCUGCUGGCUGGUCGCCCUGGUGGUGUACAUCUAUGUCGCACUCGCAAGCUACAAUACGGGCUAUCUCACGCUCCCAAUGAGCAGCUGUGAGAAUCUUGUCGAUGAGGCGGCUCAGAUAGCGUUGGUCGACAAACGGACUGGAGCUAUCGUUCGGGGCCAGCCGUCGGUCUCAAGGCAGGCACAGACUGCUGGGCGAGCCAGUGUGACAAGCGGGCGAAGAGAUUCGAUAUCGGCAUACCGGUGGAGUUCCGCGGAAAAGGCUGACUGGAAGAGCUUUUGGAGCGUCAGCACAGACGCGGUCAUGGACGUGCCAAUAGGCGGCGUCUUGGCAGUUGCAGCCGAAGUGGUUUCGAGCCUAACCCCCACUUUCCGGCCCAUCCCAACACUGCACGUACCAAGCGACUUUUGGAAGCUCUUCCUUACCCCGCUACAUGUCGCCGCAUGCCAUUGGCUCGGCGUAAUACUGCUCCUCCGCCUGUCGCCUUUGUCUAGCAUUUUCACCUCCUCUACUUUGUGCCCAUCUCCGCAGGUCGUCAAGAUGAAGUUCACUAGUGCUGUUGCUCUGGCGUCUGCCGUCGCUUCAACUGAAGCCGCAGAGACUGUAUUGGGAGCUUACAUGUUCCACCGUCAUGGUGACCGCACUCCUAAGUCAUUGGCGCCGACCAACCUCACUGCUUUGGGUUAUGAGCAGGUCUACACGUCCGGUCAGUACUACCGAUCUAGGUACCUCACCGGCAACUCCAAGAUCAAAGGAAUGAACGAGGACAUCGUCAGGCUCACCCAGCUUGCCGUGACUGCGCCUGUGGACAAUGUGCUACAAAACUCGGCGCAAGGUUUUUUGCAAGGUCUCUACCCUCCUUACCAGCAGGUGCAGACUCUUGCCAAUGGCAGCGACGUUCAAUCUCCCAUGGAUGGAUACCAAUUGAUUCCCAUCAACACGGUCGAAACCGGCUCCGGCAGUGAAGACAACGGCUGGCUCCAGGAUGCAUCCUCUUGCGCCAAUGCUAAGACAAGCUCCAAUGCCUUCUUCACCAGCGCAGAGUACAAUGACCUCUUGAGCAAGACCACGGACUUUUACAAGUCGCUCGUUCCUGUUGUGAACGCCACUUUCGACGAGAAAGAUGUCUCUUUUAAGAACGCCUAUGUAAUCUAUGAUCUGAUCAAUGUGGCCGAGAUCCACAACUCCUCUAUCCCCUCGUCGGAUGUCCUCACGGAAGAGACCCUUUUCCAGCUCCGCACUUUGGCCGACGCCCACGAGUACGGUCUUGCAUAUAAUGCAUCCGACGACAUCCGUGCCAUCUCGGGUAUGCAGCUCGCAGGUGAAGUUCUCAAGUAUAUGAACUCCACCAUCAAAUCCGGCCAGUCCGGCUCGAGCGCCAACAAGUUCGGUGUCCAAUUCGGUGCCUACGCUACAUUCCUCUCCUUCUUUGGCCUUGUCGACCUACCCCACGCCAACGAGACCUUCUACGGUGUCACUGACUACGCUUCGUCCAUGGUAUUUGAGCUUUUCACUAACGCCGACACCUCGAACGGAUUCCCCGCGACAGACGACCUCCAGGUGCGCUUCCUUUUCCACAAUGGCACUGCUUCCAAUGCCAGCGAGCCCGCCGUGUACCCGCUCUUCGGCGGAAACGACGAAGCUCUCUCGUGGAAUGACUUCUCCAAGAACCUGAACAAGUUCGCUGUCCACAACACCGAGCAGUGGUGCACCAAGUGCGGCAACACUACCGGAAGGUGUGCUCAGUACUCCCAGGAUGGCACUGAUGGAUCGGCGAACGCGAGCAGCAACGACGGUGGCAACCACAUGUCAGCUGCCAUUGGUGGUGUUAUUGGUGCAAUGGUCACGCUUGCUGUUGUGUUGGGCGCACUGGCUGCGUUCAUGUUGCUGGGUGGGUUCAGGCUUGCGAAGAAGCCGAGUGGUGCCAGGGCGUCGCCGGUCUCUGAGGUCGCGGGUAGCAAGGCUUAAGUUUUGUGAUGGGUCGCUAGCACAAGGAAUACAUAUUUAGUUACGAUGAUUACGACGGUUUGUACGGCAGAUUAACGAAUGAAAUGGAUACCCUACGAAC